UUAACCAGCACACAAUGAGUUGGAUCAUUGAAAAUUCAAUAAGAUAGAGGGUGGGAAUGAGAGAACUUUUCAUACAUUGUUAUACACAUGCCCAAUUAAGACGUAAUUACAAAAUGGAGAAGAAUUUUUGUAUAUGAAGUGCGUACCUGGCCCAGUCUAGGAGUGAAGUCGUAACCCGGUGGGACCCCAGUCUAGGCUCUUCUCAUAAGCAAGAAAAAUUGUAAACUAGAGUAGGAGCAGUUGAACUAAAAUUUUCGAGGACAACCACCCCCCAACCUUCUCAACGCCAACACCCCACCAUUCUCAUUCCUCCUCCCCAACCCAUGGCUACUGAAGACUUCAGUUUUCCGAUUGUCUCCGACGCCUUCCCUCGCUUUAUCGACUCGCCCCCUCUCUGGCACGCUUCUUCCGCAACCCUUUGCCAUGAAGGACCAACCACCAGCAACACAAGUGGGCAACAAGAAGAUGAUGAGGAAGGUGGUUGUUUUGCAUCGACAUCAAAGCCAGUCGAUCACCCCCGAAGGAAGAGCUUUUCGUGUGUAGAGAGAGGCGGGAGGAUGGCGGGUGGAGGAGAUGGGAUUGAGGACGAUGAGGAGGAUAGGAUGGACAUGUUGUGGGAGGACUUCAAUGAAGAACUGCAUAACAGGUGUGGUCCGAGGUCGGGUUCUAAGGAGGAGAUGGUGAAGGUGGGGUGCGUUCAGGGGGUGGCGGCACCGAGAACUGGAGGCGCAGUGGUGGCUGCUAGGAGGGCUGCAAGUUUGCUGGUGCUUGUGAAGAUGUUGAGGAAGCUCUUCCAGCUCCAUAAUUCUCAUUCUACCCGUAAGGCCCAUGCUUUGUGACUACAGUAAUUCCUCCCCCACACCCACACCCACCCCCCAUUUUCUCUCUCUCUCUCUCUUUUUCUUUUUCUUUAAUUUAUUUAUUUAUAUAUUAUUUUUUAUACUAGUAAUUUCGAACAAACUCUCCUAUUGAAAUCUUUAUGGAUUUAAAUUUGAUUCAUUUCUCCCAUAUUUUGUCAAAUUUGGGCUGACUCCAGCCAUGCAAGAAUGCUCUUGCAAUUUCACCGUGAUGUUUUAAAUCAUAAAUUUUGUAUAAAAAAUUAUUUUCUUUUGAUUUCAUCCAUUAGCUUCAAUUGUAU